AUGCCCUCCAGUAAGAAGAUUCUGCACUUCACGGCCAGCGCCCUGCUGACCUCCGUGGCCGUCGGGCUGCUGGGGUUCGGCAUGUCAGCGCAGUGGGCUAUAUCCAACUCGUCCUGCGGUGGAACUAUCCUGGUCAACGGGACUGCUAAGAUCGAAUUAGCUCUGUUUGAAGGGAAGCUGGAGAGAGUCGACUGCCCUCUGUUUGGGAGUACUGAUUACUUUUCAGUGGUUCCAACGCUGAUUGACAUCGGAGGUGCUUCCAGUGCCCUGCACAUCUUGGUCGUGUUCCUACUGGUCCUGUCUCUGCUGUUUUCUGCCGGCAACAUCCUGAUCUCCCUCUACAACAGCGUAGCAAACCCUUAUGAGACCUACAUGGGGCCUAUUGGAGUGUACACCUGCUGCUCUGUCAGUGUAUGCUUAGCAGCGUUGGCCCUCAUCUUAUUUGUGGUGAACAUCAGCGUGACCGGCAUGGCGGACAGCUUGGUGGAGAAGUUUUCCAGUUCUGAAGUAACUCUGAAGGACUUAAGUUCUGAGAUGCAGGUGGGAUUCUUCAUGAUCAUCCCCAACAUUGCGCUCAAUCUUGGUGCCAUUGGAUCCAUCUACAUGUACGACCAUGCGGCCUACACACACAGAAGAGAACAGCAGAAGCCUACAGAGGAUGCACCAAAGGAGAUCAUGAUGUAUUAG